GUAAACAAACUGCAUCAAUCACACACGCGUCUUUUAUAGACAAAUAUUUUGUUAUUUUGUGGAUAUUGUCGGAUGCUGGUUGGGCCUCGUAUAAUUGAAACAUCAUCUUCUUCAAAGUUCUCCUCUUAUAAGUGAUCGGUAUAGGAUGGAUAUGGCAUCCAAAGCUGAUAAAAUUGCAUCUGCCAGGAAGCUGCUGAAAAGUUACCAACAGAAGAAGACCAAGGUAGACAAGCCUGCAUCACCAGCCCCAGCAUCAGACUUCACCAUUCUGAGUGAACCCCCUGGCCCUACCUUCAUUGAAGAUGCUGUCUCCAUUGAAAAGCCUCCAGAUCAUGCACCACUUAUCCCAGAGCAGCCACCAGGGAGCGUAGAUGAGGCUGCCAAAAGCUCUCCACAGCUUCCGAUAUUCACCUUCCCUGCCGACGGGAGCACGUCAUUCUCCGAGUACCUCGGUAACCCGCCGGCCCCGGUCCCGACUCCUCCGACCGCCCCGGGCGCGACUGCAGAGAUGCCAUUCUCCGGGAUGGAGCCGCCUCCGCCGCCCGCCGCCGAGCCACCGCAGCCUGCUGCUGAGGCCCACCCCUCGCCAUCCCCGCCGACCGGCACGGAGGUGCCUCAGGAGCCGGCUGCCGGGCCCGUCCAGGACGACUCGCCGCCGGGCGCCUCGAUGGCCUCCAGUUUCACCUUCGCCGGCUCUCAGCCGUCGGGACCGGGCUCACAGGGUAGCGCGGCGAGUAGCCGCCACUCGGACUGGGAGUACGUGGUGGGAGGUCAGCAGGAGGCGGCCGCCGGACCGGACGCCGCCGGCGCUCAGCAGGAGCGUGCCGAGGUGGCCGCCGCUCCGGCACCAGCUCACCUGACCUCCGAGACUCUGCGCCAGCUCAGUGACCGGCUCAGCCAGAUGACCUCGGAGGGCGAGGAGGCCGAGGGCGAGCCGACCGCCGCCGGUCCGCCGGCCACCGACCAGCGGCUGGCGCAGCGCAACUCGGAGCUGGCCGCAGCGCUGGAGGCCGAGCGCCGCGCCCGCGCCGAGGCAGAGCGCACCCUGGAGGACCUGCGCGCGCGCCUCUCUGAGCUGGAGCAGGAACAGGAGAGCGGAAGGCGCGCGGCCGACCUCCGCCUGGAGCAGGAGCGCGCCCGGCUGGCCGAGCAGGCGCGCGCACAGGCGCAGACCAUCGGCAUCCUGGUGGCGGAGAAGACUGAGCUGAAGACGGCUGCUGAGCAGCUGCAGGCUCGGCUCGAGGAAAAACAGGCCGAGUGUGAUGCGUCUUCCAGUCAGCUGGCCGCCGCCCAGGUUCAGAUCCAACAGCUGCGAGAGGAAAGCUCGCGCGCCGGACAGAUUGAGGUCUCCGUCCAGCAUCUGCAGAGCCUGUACGCCCAGGCCGACAACGAGCGCAACAGAAACAGGGAGCUGUGCUCGGAGCUGCAGGAGGAGCUGGACGAAGCCCGCCAGCGACUGCGCACUCAGCUGGACGCCAACCAGGCGCUCACCCGCCAGCUGGCCGACACCAACUCACGGCUGGAGCUGGCAGAAAUCCGCCUUACCCAGCUGGGCGGCGGUGGUGGUGUGGGGGAGAGCGGCAGCGGCAGUGGCGCCGAGGAGCGCGCGGCCGCCGCCGAACGGGAGGCCGCCCAGCUGCGGGCAGAGCGCGACGCCGCCUCCGUCCAGUUCCGCGAGUACACUGCCGCGCUGUCAGCGCGUCUGCAGCAGGCCGAGGCGGCGCGGGACACGCUGACAGCCGAGCUGGCCGCGCGGGACGAUCAGGCUGCCGCUGCUGCCGCGGCGCCACCGCCGGAGCAGCCGCGGCAGGAGGCGGCGGUUCAGCAGGCGCCACCUCCGACCGUCACUGAAGCCGAGCGUCGGGAGCUGGAGGAGCUGCGUCAGGCGGCCGCCGGAGCCGCAGAGGAGACCGACACACUGCGGCGGGAGCUACGAGCGCUGAGUGAGGAGAACACGCGUCUGACCCUGUCGUCGCAGCAGCAGGCCGCCGAGCUUCAGGAGAUGAAGUUCACCGUGGAGCGCGUCAACUCAUCGGCUGUCGACAACGGUCAGCUGGCGCGGGAGAUGGAGAGCGACCGAGUGGCCGCCAGCCGGGCCAUGGCGCAGAACAAACAGCUGAAGCAGCAGCUGCAGGAGCUCCAGGACGGCUUCAUCACGCUCAGCAACAAGAAGCUGGAGCUGACGGAGAGCCUGGCGGCCGAGCGUCAGGCGUCGGCCGAGCGGGCGCGCCAGGUGGUCGAACUGCAGGAGCAGCUCGAUAAGAUGACGGCCCGUGCCGCCGAGGCGGACCGACAGAACAUGACGGCACACCAGGUGAUUGACCAGCUGCGCCACUGGGAGGCGGUCGGCAGGCACGCGCAGGCGCUGCAGGCCGACCUGACGGCCGCAGAGGAGAAGCUGUCCCGCCUGGGCUCGGCCGCGCCGUCCGCCGCCGGUUCAGAGGCGACCCCCGGGGCGCCGGAGCGACCUCCGAGCGCUGCUGGUUCCGAGCCCCUCUCCAGCCGCACCCAGUCUCCUGUGCCGCGGCCACCCAUCGAGGAAGUCAUCAGAGAGCGGGAGGAGCUGCGAGCGCGACUCCAGCAGUUCAUCGGCGGCGGCGCCGUGGACCCAGCUGAACACGAGAAGCUGCGCUCAGCCCUGGCGCAGCUGGAGAAGCGAUUCUGCGAGGUCAUGAACCAGGUGGCCGCCCUGCGGGAGGAGCGGCAGGGCCUGGAGCACCUCUGUGAACAGCUGCAGGGCGAGACGGACACCAUCGGCGACUACAUCAGUAUGUACCAGGUGCAGCGUUCGGCGCUGAAGCAGCAGGCUCUGGAGCGGGAGCAGGAGCUGAACACGCUGAACGAGGACCGCCAGCAGCUGCGACAGCAGCUGGCCCAGCUGCAGCAGCUGGUGUCGCAGCUGAUGGGCGGCCAGCAGCCGGCGGCGGGUGCUCCCCCUGCUGUCACGGUCCCGGCGCUGGCGGCCCCGGACAGCGGCACCAGCUCUCCGGCCGAGCCGACCGCGCCGUCCGCUCCGUCCGAGCCGAGCGGGCCGCCCGCCCCGGCCGAGCCGGCGCGCCAGCAGACCGCCCAGCGCAUCCUCUCGCUGAUCGAACAGAUCGGCGCCAGCGAGUACGUGGACGGACACGCGGCGCCGCUGCACGUGUGUCAGCACUGCCGCGGCAAACGGGUGCUGAACGUGUAGUCCGGCCGGCCGCCAGAGACAGAAACACGCUGUGAUGAUCGCGCAAAGUGUGGAUGGUGACCAGAGCCGUCAGUGAGCUCCAGCGAUGGUUUGUUUAGCUCCGAUGCCAUCAUGGCGCGAGGUUCUGAACGCUCUGCGGCGAGGCACAGGUCGCAGUGACGUCGGGUGGCCACACGGUGGCGUCUGGUGACCGUGUGGUGACUAUGGUGACUAUGGUGACUCUGGUGACGUCCUAUGACCGUCCGGUGAUAAGUGUGCGGUGGAUGGUGACCAACGAGCGCAUAUGCGUGGGCUUACAGUGCAGACAUGUGUCGGACUGCCUGAAGAAUAUGGCCGACAGCGCUGCCCCGUACCCGUAGGACCGAAGAAUGAAGAGGCUACGAUGCAAAAAUAUGGAUUGCCGUUGUGUGUGUCGAGUCUGCUCGAGAAUUAUGACAGUAUUGGCGUGAUGUCGGUUAUUUAUUUAGGCCUCGGCAGUGAGGUAAUUAAGUACAUUAGAUUUUAUGUGAUGAGGAUUGAGGGAAUUCGAGGCAGCCCUGUACAUGACGACUGGGCGAGUCGAUAUGAGACUGCUAAAUUCCAUCACCGCUUUGUGGUGUGAUAGUGCCGGUCACGUGACCACUGACAGGCUGAAUUCCGACGUCACGUGAUGGUUAAACCAGACUCCGUGUAAAGCCGCGUAUAUAUUAUCGUGUGUGAUAUUCGGGCGGCUAGGCGCCGCUUCAGUGCCUGACGGACUGUGGGACGGAACUGGCUGCGUCCCGGACCUAGAGUGAACGAGUCGCCUCCGCAGCGGGGCAGAUAUCGCUCGGGAACGGACGACGUCCCCAGAGUGUGUCUAAGGAAUCACUGGUUUGUUGGCGUGUUGGGGGGCGGGUCAGCGUCUGUGGGGUGGUUACGUUUGGGAUUGUUUUAUUGUUUAUUUUCCAUCACCAAAAUACAUGGAUUUCUUAGUGAUA